CUCGCCCUGCCUCAACCUCCAGCCUUCCUCUUAUCCCAUCGCUGCACAUAUUGCAAUUGGAGCUAUCAACCGGCCUUUGAAUCCGGGCCUUUUCUAGCUCGAUCUGUGCGUGCUCUCUUGUCCUCGACUGUACUCCGAUCCGCUUAUCUUUCUUUGUUGAUCGCCGCCGCAAACAUGGGUGGAGAAUCUCACCCCCGGGUUACCCCCAGCUCUUAUCCGAAGCUGGUCGAGCGUCCCGUGGGCCAGCAUAUCAAAAACAUCUACACCGAGAGGCUUCGUCAAUUUGUUGAUGACGGUCAGUAUAAGAAUGAUGGUCUUAAAGGGAAAUAUGAGAAGGCCGUCGUUUCAGACCAAGACCACGUCAAGCUGUUUGUCUACUCCCCACCAAACCUGUCGCGACCUACUUUCGAAGAUGCCACAUCGCACGAGUUCAAGCCGACCAGUGUCGGCACAGCUUUCGGGCCAAGUUGGUCUACACAUUGGUUCAGGAUUCACCUCACAGUACCUCAAGAUUUGUUAAAGCAGGAGGGUCUUGAGUUUCACUGGGAUGCAGGUAAUGAAGGCUUGGUCUGGACUGAAAAGGGCCAUCCAUUACAAGGUUUGACUGGGGGUGAGCGUACCGAAUGGGUUAUCCCAGAGGCCUUCCGUGAUGGCAAAGAACAUGUGUUCUAUAUUGAAAUGGCGUGUAACGGAAUGUUCGGUAAUGCCAAUGGCGACUCAAUACAGCCCCCAGAUCCAAAUAAAUAUUUCACUCUUUCGAAAGCUCAAAUUGUCAAUGUCAACUUGGACGCCAGGGCGCUAGGGUAUGACUUCUGGAUCAUCGGGGAUGCCGCCAGAGAAUUCCCGCAGGACUCUUGGGAACAGCACGAAGCGCUCACCGUUGCUAACUCCAUUAUUGAUGCUUUCAUCGCGGGCGGUGGAAGUCAGGAAUCUAUUAAAAAGGGACGCCAAAUUGCACACAAAUACCUAGGCGACAAAAUCGACUCUCAUAAGGUCUACGAUACAGGUUCUGAGGCGAUCGUGUACGCCAUCGGCCAUUGCCAUAUUGACACCUGUUGGUUAUGGCCAUUCGCGGAAACGAAGCGCAAAGUCGCAAGAUCUUGGUCAAAUCAGUGUGACCUCAUGGACCGUUACCCCGAGCAUCGUUUUACAUGUUCUCAAGCCCAGCAGUAUAAGUGGCUUGAACAGUAUUACCCAUCUGUUUUCGAUCGCGUCAAAUCCUAUGUCAAGAAGGGGCGUUUUCACCCUAUCGGUGGAAGUUGGGUGGAACAUGAUACUAAUCUCCCCAGCGGCGAGUCCCUUGUGAGACAAUUUUUGUAUGGGCAGCGCCUCUUUGAGAGUCGCUUUGGCGAAAGAUGCCGCACAUUUUGGCUGCCUGAUACAUUCGGAUACUCUUCUCAACUGCCUCAACUAUGCAGACUAGCGGGUAUGGAACGGUUUUUCACCCAGAAAUUAAGUUGGAACAACAUCAAUAAUUUCCCCCAUACCACUUUCAACUGGGUCUCUCUUGAUGGCAGUCAGGUGCUGUGCCACAUGACUCCUGCUGAGACCUAUACUGCUUCCGCUCAUUUUGGAGAUGUCAAGCGUAGUGUCUCACAGCAUAAAUCCAUGGACCAAGAUAAGACUUCGCUUUUGGUCUUUGGUAAGGGAGAUGGUGGCGGUGGCCCUACUUUUGAGCAUUUGGAGAAACUACGAAGAUGCCGUGGUUUGUCUGAUAAGAUCGGCCUGCUUCCUCGCGUGAAGAUGAACACUUCUGUCGAUGAAUUCUUCGAUCAACUCCAGGAAAAAGUUGCCAACGGCUCCACGGAAUUUGUCACUUGGUAUGGUGAACUUUACUUCGAGUUGCACCGUGGUACCUAUACCACCCAAGCCAAUAACAAGAGAAACAACCGAAAGGCCGAAUUCUUGCUACGUGAGAUUGAAUAUCUGGCGACUCUAGCCACUGUCAACGGCAAAGAUGACAAGUAUAAGUAUCCUACAAAGGGUCUUGAUACAAUGUGGGAAUCAGUCCUUCUCUGUCAGUUCCACGACUGUCUGCCUGGUAGUUGUAUCGAAAUGUGUUACGACGAUACCGACGAAAUCUACGCCGAAGUUUUCUCUACAGGCUAUAAGCUUAAGAAGGAAGCUCUCCAAACCCUUGGAUUUGGUGACAACCAGCCUAAGAAAGAACUCGUGGCCAUCAACACGAUGCCGUGGCCUCGCUCAGAGAUUGUCAAGAUUCCUGAUGUGUCAUCAAGUUCAAAUUCUUCAAGCUAUGCUCUUGUGAGCGGCGACACUGGUGUCAUUAAUGCACAGAUUCUUAACGCUUCACAAACUCCAUCUGUUUCUGUCAAAGAAGUUAGGGAAGGAGUAUUCCGCCUGUCUAACAGCAACCUACGUCUCGACGUUCAGGAUGGUGUGAUAAUCUCCUUGCAUGAUAUUGAAGCUGACCGAGAAGUCAUUUCUCGAGGUGGAAAGGCUGGUCAACUUGUUAUCUUCGAUGACAAGCCUUUGUACUGGCAAGCUUGGGACGUCGAAGUUUUCCACCUUGACUCGCGUAGAGAACUCCAGUCUGGGAAAACCUCCAUUGUUGAGGACUCAUCGCAUCGUGUCAGUGUUGUUACAAACACUCCAAUCAGUGACAAGAGUUGGGUCAAGACAACCAUCAGUCUGUCUGCCAGCGUACAUGGCGAGCCAUCUUAUGUUGAGCUAGACAGCGAAGUUGAAUGGCACGAGGACAAGAAGUUCCUUAAAGUAGAAUUCCCUGUGGAUGUUCACAAUACCGAGGCUUCCUAUGAAACUCAAUAUGGCAUCGUUCGCCGUCCAACGCAUUAUAAUACAAGUUGGGACAUGGCCAAGUUCGAAGUUUGCAGCCACAAAUGGGCGGAUUUGUCCGAGAAUGGAUACGGAGUGUCGAUUCUGAACGAUAGUAAAUAUGGCUUUGCCACUGUGGGCAACCUCAUGCGCCUAUCUCUUCUCAGAGCCCCUAAGGCUCCUGAUGGACACGCCGACAUGGGUCGUCAUCGCAUCCGUUACGCAAUUCUUCCCCACUCCGGCCCUCUCGACUAUCGCACCGUCCGAGCUGGAUACAAUUUCAAUGCUCCUUUGACUUUGACCUCCGCCAGCAGCAAUGCCCUCAGUAACGUGUUCACCUCCGUGCGCCUAACCGGCUCGAAGUCUUUGAUCUUGGACGCCGUCAAACGAGGUGAAGAUGACGAAGACAUCUCUCGUGGCGAUUUUGCCAAACGAAGCGGCCAAAGCGUCAUCUUGCGUAUUUACGAGUCGCUGGGUGGCAAGAGCCGUGGCACCAUUCAUACAACUUUGCCGGUUAAGAAGGUUUGGAAGACGAAUGUGCUGGAAGAUAAUGAAGCUGAGUUGCAGAUUCUGUCUGUUGAUCAACAGGGUGGCAAUGGCAAUUUCAGCGUCAACAUCGAGUUAAGGCCGUUCGAGGUUGCUACAUAUAGGCUGCAGCUGUAGGCAUUUCUUAUUGUAUCAGCACCGAUAAUGGCGAUGCCUGCACCAAUGCUUGGAGGGGAAGCACUGUAAAAGAGCAAAUGAAUUAUGUUUAUUAUUGUUAGCUUUACCCUCAGUCAUGGGCCCCUUGCACAAUUCAAACAUCGCUUGCUAUUUAGUUCAGCAUGAGGCAAUGGCAGCUGUUGAUUACUACGCAAUAAUACUAUAGUAGACACCUAUGAAUGUUAUUGUCAAACUAGAUUGAGACAGCCCAAUCGCGCAUUGAAUCAAACCGCCUAGUCAUUCUUUAGCUCGCAAUUGUUCGAUAUCAUUUCCAUUCACCCCAACCUCUAUCAACC